AUGAGAUCUCUCUUUAAUGAGGGUUUUGAGUGGGAAGAUUCAAAAUCUGCUGACAAAAUCGCCAGAGUCCAUGUGACCUUCAUUGGCAGAGAUGGCAAAGCAUUUAAGGUUGUUGGAACGGUUGGUGAUAAUCUGAUGUAUCUAGCACGCAAAUGCAAUAUUGAUCUUGAGGGUGCCUGCGAAGCCUCUUUGGCUUGUUCAACCUGCCAUGUUUAUGUCGAUAAAGAUUUUUUUCAUCUUUUGCAAAGUCCUACAGAAGGCGAAGAUGAUAUGCUUGAUUUGGCUCCUUUCCUUAAAGACACUUCACGCUUAAGCUGUCAGAUUGUACUAAGCAGGAAACUUGAUGGAAUUCACAUAACACUUCCAAAAGCAACACGUAACUUUUAUGUGGAUGGCCAUGUCCCAAAGCCUCACUAG